AUGUCCGUCUACGAGAAGACGUUCACGCUGAAAGACGAGGACCACACGAUGGGCAACGCGAUACGGUACAUGCUGAACAAGAACCCGCAGGUGGCGCUCGCGGGGUACAGCGUGCCGCAUCCGAUGGAGCGAUCCGUGAACGUGCGCGUGCAGACGACGGGGGAGGUGACCGCGACGGCGGCGAUGCGCGACGCGCUGCUGGACAUCAUCUCCGUGUGCGAUCACGUCCACGACACGUUCGAUCUCGCGAUCGAGGAGCACGGGGAGAAGAACGCGACGGCGAUGGAGACGGACGUCGCGGGGAAGGGGGGGGGCUCGAAGAAGAAGUGA